GCCGUCUAUGGCCGAAACGCACGCUGCUCCGAGCUAUGCAAGAUGGCGACGGAGUGUUUUCAGGGUUGAAUAGGUGCGGUUCCUUCGUCUCGAGCGAUCGUAGUCGCCAAACUCAGAUCGCGAUCCUGUUUCUCACGUCGCUGGUCGUGCCUGCGAGAAACAGCCCCUCGACGGUACCUCGAAGGUGCCCCCAAGUCGUCGAACUCGGGUGGAGAGGAAACACGAACCUCCUCCGUCGGUCCGUCGCACCUUCGAGAACGCGCUGUCAGCUGUCAGAUGUUUGCAUACGCGCGAUCGCGUGCGGCGCGUCGCGGACUCACGGACGGCACGUAAUAGCGGCUCGAUUCGCGCGGUAGCGGCGUCGAGUUUUAUGAGACACGUCCCGAGUCUGUGUCGAACAAGGUGAGAGGAAGAGUCCGGGACAGACAUGGAGAGCUUUGAGGCAUUGGGAUGGUAUCUGUCCGAGCACGGUUACGAUGUGGCAACCGAUUCGGGUAGCGUGAUGGACACGCAGAAGAUAAUAAAACGACUGCUGGAUCUUGACUUGAGAGAGAUUGGCAGCGGAAAUGGGGAUAUUAAUCAGGGCAACAUCGUGUUGCAAAUACAGAAGAUACGCAAUGUAUCCACGCCCAAAGGAAAUGAGGAGUCGAAAUCAGUCCCGCGGAUGUUAAAAUUAUCGUUGACAGAUGGAAAAAAUAAUUUUCAAGCCUUAGAAGUUGAACAUAUAUCGGCUUUAAGUUUAAACACACCACCUGGUACAAAGAUACUGAUAAAUUCAGGAACCCUACCUGUGUUUCAUGGACUCCUCUUGUUGAAACCAUCGCAUUUAGUUUACGUGCUCGGGGGAAAAGUUGCCAAUUUAGUGGAAAAAUGGGAAUUAAAUAAGAAAUUAGCUUCGCAUACCCGAGUAAGAUCUGCCGAAGAAGGUGGACCGCCACCGUGGAUACCAUUUGGUAAAAAAAUCAUAAAAGUGUCGGAGCAAGAUAAGAACUUCAAAGCACUGGCGGAAAAAGAGAAACCUAGCAAGGAGAACACUGAGUUUGAGACUCAGCGCAAGGAUGCGAUAGCCGAGGCUGCCAAGCAGGGCAGUAAGAAAGUAUUUGGCGGCGGGAAUAAACAGUUAUUGGAUCAUAGCGUACAGAAAAUCGUGGAUCGUGGAUUUACCGUAGAGCAGGCAGAAUACGCUUUGAGAGUCAAUAGAAAUAACGUGGACAGAGCUCUGAAAAGCCUGCAGAAGACCGACACUAGGCACAACGCCAAGGAGUCUCGAGAACCGCGAGAGCCACGUGGCAAGCGGGAGAAGAAGGCCGAGGAGAGUAAACCUAGCAGUGGAAAGAUAUCUCUGUUCGACUUUCUCGAGGAUAAGUUACCCGUGCAGCCCGAGACUGUCGAGACGACUAAUUUGUCGCAAAGCAAUUACAUGCACAAUAAUGAAAGUAAUCAGGAUCGUUUUGAGUCGUUGAGAGGUACUGAUGUACAAAGUGGAAGAGGUGGACGGAGGCAGCAAGGUGGUCGCGGGUACCAGCCACCUCCAAGAUAUUCGGAGGAGCACAGAAAUAGUAAGCGUACAAAUAAUAGCAAUCCCACCGCGUAUUCGCAAUACAACGGCGCCGGUCACGUGCCGCAGAACAAACCGCCGCGAUUUCAACGCAACCAGGAGCCUCAGUAUCAGUAUCAGAACGACGGCGGCAGAGAAGCGUAUCAGAAGCCCUCUCAGCCGCCGAACGAUUACAGAAACACGUUCGCUCAGUCGCGCACAAGUAACGUAGUGAACGCCGGUGACAGCGGUAACGAUAACUAUAACAGAGUCCAGGCUGAGUUACAGGGAAAGAAUCUCGGUAGUAACAGAAACUAUAAUCACCUCGAGCCCGAGGCGAGAAAUAGGCAUUCUUAUGAUGCUUCUUAUAAUAGGCAUAACCGGGCUCAGCAAAACGGAACCCCUAAAGUAUAUUCGUCUAAUGCAACUGAACAGAAUUUUAAGAGUCAACUUAGAUACCAGCCGAAUAGUAACGUUGGCAACAGGAUGCCCAUGAAUCCCAGCGUGCAGAGGAACGAGAGUAAUUACGGUGGCCACAACAUUAAUAGUACAUGGGUAUGGCAAGUAGGUGACAAGUGUAUGGCCAAGUAUUGGGAAGACAAUAGGUAUUACAAUGCCGAAGUCACUGGCGUUUCCGAGAGAACUUGCGUGGUGCAAUUCAAGGGAUUCGAAAAUUAUGAGGAAGUGCUCCAGGUGGAUUGCAUACCGAUAACAGACGACAUUCAGGAUCAUCUUUCGGAUAGACGGCAAGAUCAACGUCCCAACAAUCGACAGCCGCGUUACGAUCAGAGUCACAAUCACAUAAAUGGUAUGGAAUUUCGACGAGGUGGCAGCGGUGCCGUCGGCGGGAGUAAGGGAUACAAUAAGAAGCGUGGUCAGCAACGGAGCACGCUGCCAAUUUACCAGCCGCCGGCGCAGAGAGGCCACAAUUCUCUGCCAAUUAAUAAUCAAAAUAAUACUCAACAUAAUCCCUUUCUUUAAUGUAACUCUAGUCUCGCAUCUUUAGUAUAAAAAAAAAAAAAGAAAAGUUCAGUACUUGCUAAGUAUUGAGGCAGUUGCAUUCGCUACUGAGGAUUGAUCUAACAGGUUGCCACGCUAAUGGAGAGUUUAGAUACCGUUUACAAUUAACCGUUGAUAGAGGCGGGCGGAGUUGAGUGCCACAUUUUGAUUUCUAUUAGACGCUGAAUUUAAUAUAUGCGAUAACUUAAUACGAAGCGAGUUGGUUUUACACAAAGGGGAGGAAUUAUAGGAGGCUCUUACUGUAAAAUAUCGACUGUGUUCUCGAAAUAUUGUAUUAUUUGUAUUGUAGGGAAAAUUGAUUCUUACUACUGUGCGAAACAGGGCAAUGUCUGUACCUCGUCCACCUUAGCUGUAAUACAGUUGUAAUGAAAUUUCGCUCGUUUCGUUCUUCGAUACCCUCGAGAAAUCGUCAAGAAAGAGCAGUAUUUCGGCAAAAAGUAACGUAAGCUAAUUUUGACAUUAUUCUGAGUAUUAUUCAGAACGGAUUAAUUAAACUGAAAUAAUUUGUGAAUGUCAAGGGCUAAAUGCUUCCGAAAUUAAAUGUCUAAAAUAAAUUAUUAAAUAUCUAGAAUAAAUUACUGAU